GGACCCUGAACGUUCCAAUCCAGGGGUUCCCGCGGCGGCUGGGGUCGGUAUGCAUGCUUGCUAAGCCGCUAGAACAAAGAGCUUCUUAGCUGAGCUUGGCAGGCGAUUAGCGCCUCGCCCUGGUACGUCAUGCCUUGCCUUAUCGCUAAAACGAUAGGUGAAAAGUGUCAGAGCCCAAGAAGGGAGAGGACUUCGUUGAGGGGGCGGUGACUCAACCAAGACAUUGGUCCUGAUGGGCGCCUGUAUAUAUUAUCCAACCAACGGCUGGAGCUGAGCACUCAAGAAGCUGGUUUGGAUUUGGAAAAACGGCCAGUCAAAAGUCAGUCAAGAGUGUGCGGUAUCUAAUUAUUUCUUGUGCUUUCUACCCCUCCUUUUUGCCCACGAUCAGCCUCAACGAUGUGCCGUAAGUUUGUCUCUACAUUUGCUACCUAGGAAUGCUUCUUACCACGCCUCGCUGUUGCUCUGGGCUCUGUCAGUCCUGCGUUUGCCAACCGCUCAAAAUGCCAACUUGAGUGUGACCUGUCUACGCGCGUGGAACAGCCGGUUAAUGCAGUGAACAGAGCACUCAUUCUCGCAUGACCCGUCGUCAAACUCGACGUCGCCCAGGUUUGCAGCUACACAAAUGCCGGCCAACGAUUCGGACGACGAGGAGUACACCCGGCACGGGCAGAGUGACACGGAAUCCGACGGUUUGCUCGAACAACACGAACAUGGCCGCUCUCACGGGGCACCCGAUUCACUUGCCCAAAGUCCUGGUUCGGAUGGCCACGUCCGCAGGGCGGAUGAUGCAGAGCUCGAGGAGGGCAUGCUUCCCCGAGACAUGCCCCAUAAGACCGCCUUUUUCGACCUCGUUGCCGAACGCCAAAUGACACAGUCAGAGGCCAAACUGUUCUACCAGCGAAGCCAGACGGACAGCCGCACCAUGCAGACGCAAACACAGACCCAGUUCUCCCCUCAGGGAAGCCCAUUGCUUUCUUCGGGGACGUCUCACACCUUGGGCAAUAUCGAUACCGCGCUGGGCCAGAACCCCGCGCACAACGCCAGCGGGAUCAGGCUUUCAGACCUCGACCCGGCGAUCCUGCCCGAAUCUGGAUAUGAGCCUCCCCUCAGCGCAGCGAGGCGCGAUCCGAGUCACUUUGGCUUGAGCAGCCUUCCAAGCCGCGGUAGCUUCACCAAUCUCAACAACGCCGCGGGCGCUCCCGGGAAUCAAAUCGACCCGGCGGUUCAGCAGCAGAUGCUCCUUAACACGGGCGCUGUUGCGGGUAUCGGAAGCAGCACCUACAUGGACGCGGACCCUCAGAUCACAGCGGAAUUGAGCACCAUAUUCCAAAGGAUCCAGAACAUUUUGAAUAUUCGUCACAGAUACAUCAGCCUAUCUAAUCAAGGCCCCGAGGACAAUCCCAAAGAUGACCCUAGCUGGCCCAUCUACCCGCCGCCCCCAGAGCCAGCGUGGAGCGAGGAGAGAGACAAGGCUGGCCGGAGCACAAAGGCUCAGAACAGCGCCUACAACAGCAUGGCUAAUAGCAUGGUUCUGAGCAUGGACAAAGAUAAGCAGCGUUCCAGCGACCAAUCUUUCGAUAUUCCCGACACUCCCCAAAAGCCAUAUAGGAGUAAGCGGAAGCCCGGGCAGGAUAUUGGCGAGGAUUUCGACAUGGAUGACUUGCUACCCCUCCCGGGUCCGAGCGAGAUGACAUACCGACUUGAUGACAACGGCGUCUACCAGGUGUAUGAGACCGAGGAGGCGAGCAAAACAAGUUCGCCUGUCAUCAAGGUGCCUACCAUCAAAGAGUACUACCUUGAUCUCGACGAGAUUUCGAGCGUGUCAUCGGACGGCCCCAGCAAGAGCUUUGCCUUCCGGCGGUUGCAGUAUCUGGAGGGCAAGUUCAACCUCUAUCAGCUGUUGAACGAGUACCAGGAGACCGCCGACAGCAAAAAGGUGCCUCACCGUGACUUUUACAACGUCAGAAAGGUGGACACGCACGUUCACCACUCUGCUUGUAUGAACCAGAAGCAUCUGCUGCGGUUCAUCAAGAGCAAAAUGAAGAAGUUUCCGGACGAGAUCGUUUUGUACAGAGAUGGCAAGCAUUUGACACUGGCGGAGGUGUUUGAAAGUAUCAACCUCACGGCCUAUGAUUUGAGUAUCGACACGCUGGACAUGCACGCCCACAAAGACUCCUUCCACCGGUUCGACAAGUUCAACCUCAAGUACAACCCUAUUGGCGAAUCUCGACUGCGUACCAUCUUCUUGAAGACGGACAACUUUAUCAAUGGUCGUUACCUGGCUGAGAUCACCAAAGAGGUCAUCUCCGAUUUGGAGUCGAGCAAGUACCAGAUGGUGGAAUGGCGCAUUUCCAUCUACGGACGGUCGCUUGACGAGUGGGACAAACUUGCGGCUUGGGUUAUUGACAACAAGCUCUUCUCUCACAAUGUCCGGUGGCUCAUUCAGAUCCCUCGCCUGUAUGAUGUGUACAAGGCUAGCGAUUUGAUGGGAAAUUUCGAACAAGUGGUUGUGAAUAUCUUCCGGCCUCUGUUUGAAGUCACAAAAGACCCAAAUAGUCACCCCAAACUCCACGUCUUCCUGCAAAGAGUCAUUGGAUUCGAUAGUGUCGAUGACGAAAGCAAGGUCGAGAGGAGGUUAUUCAAGAAGUUUCCAGUCCCUCGGGUGUGGGAUAGCAAGCAGAAUCCUCCUUACAGCUACUGGAUCUACUAUCUGUUCGCCAACAUGACCUCGCUGAACGUCUGGCGCAAGAGGCGGGGCUUCAACACCUUUGUUCUCCGACCGCACUGCGGCGAAGCAGGUGACAGCGAGCAUCUUGCUGCCGCUGCCCUCUGUUGCCACAGCAUCAGUCACGGACUGCUUCUCCGGAAGGUUCCCUUGCUGCAGUACAUUUUCUAUCUCGAACAGAUCGGCAUCGCCAUGUCGCCCCUCAGCAACAACGCCUUGUUCUUGGCCUACGAAAGGAACCCCUUCUACCAGUACUUCAAACGUGGAUUGAACGUGUCGUUGUCAACCGACGACCCGCUUCAGUUUGCCUUUACCAAGGAACCGUUGAUUGAGGAGUACGCUGUCGCGGCGCAGAUUUACAAGCUGAGCCCGGUCGAUAUGUGCGAGCUGGCUAAGAACUCUGUCAAGCAGAGCGGCUACGAGUACUCGGUGAAGCAGCAGUGGUUAGGGCCCAACUUCAACAUUCCGGGUGCUGGGGGCAACAUGGUGAAGACCAACGUACCUGAUAGAAGAGAGGAGUUCCGGUACCGCACUCUAAUGGAGGAGCGCAGAAUGGUGGAGAGAUACACAUCGAUCGCUGAAAAUGCGGCUGCUGUGGAUGCCGCCGCGCAGAGCGUGGCGUCCCUUGCAAUGCCCUCCAAGAAUACUGUCACGGCGGAUUCCAAGCAACAGAGCCAUGCGCCAUCUCCCGCCUCGCAAGCUCAGGGCCCGAACAUUAUUGGUAAGUCCGCCAGGGUUGAGACCGGUAGCCCGGCAGUUAGCGCACAAUCCCAGGUCUUUUCAAGCCCAGUAACGGCUUCCCCAUUGACGGUUUCCGGCUCGGAGGAACACAUUUCAGGUCAUGAGCCGAGAUACUUCCCGGGAGUUGUUUCGCGGAGGCGGCGGGAUAGCACAAGGCAGAGCUCGAUGCAUGAGAGUGACGACGCUGCGCUGCGGAAGGUGUCUUCUAAGAGAGAUGCUUCCAAGGAGGGGCGCGGUAACUAGGGAAAUUUCCGAGCUUGGCUUCGGGAACCAUCUGGAUAAAUAUUAAGAAAGGUCUGGAUAGAUAGAGAAUUUGAUGAAUCUCAAAGCAACGGUCCCAUCAUGUUUGGAC